AGUGCUCGCCAGGACGCCGCUCGCGACGGCCAGUCCCCGACCUCCCCGGAACCAGAGCGCACGCACUCGCGCACGCAGGGCCCCUGCCGCGCGGGGUCUCGGGCCGGCUGCCACCUCGCCCACCGACCCCGUCGCUGCUCCGUCGCGGCUCGCGGCGGUACGAGCAGUUCCGAGACGCGCGAGGAGACGCCCCACGAGGCAGCCGGCCCCCGCCUGCCGCGAAGAAGAGACGCCCGUCCGACGGCGACGGAAGGGGGUGUCCCGUCCCCGAACCACCUUCCCCCCUUUUUAUUUUUACCUGCGACGCCCCGAACAGGAACUACCCCUCAAGCGAGAGACGGCCGAAGGAGCGGCGUCGCCCCAAACAGGAUGUCCUGAGAUAAAUUUAUGAAGAAAGGAAACAUCAUUUCAAGAGCGGGGCCGCCAUGACGGAGAACUGCAGCCAGACGGCGCUGCUGCCCGUCCCGGGGCCCGCCGCCGCCAACGGGUCCGCCCCCGCCGCCGCCGACCUCAACUACACCUACGUCAACUACCUGAACGUGACGUGCGAGCUGCCCAUCCGCUACGCGCAGCCCAUGUACGGCUACAUCGUGCCCUUCCUGCUGGUCGUCACCAUCAUCGCCAACACGCUGAUCGUGGUGGUGCUGUCCAAGCGGCACAUGCGCACGCCCACCAACGCCGUGCUCAUGGCCAUGGCGCUGUGCGACAUGUUCACGCUGCUCUUCCCGGCGCCCUGGCUCUUCUACAUGUACACGUUCGGCAACCACCCGCGGCCGCUGUCGCCCGUGGGCGCCUGCUAUGUGUGGAGCCUCAUGCACGAGGUUAUCCCCGCCACCUUCCACACGGCCUCCAUCUGGCUCACCAUGGCGCUCGCCGUGCAGCGCUACAUCUACGUGUGCCACGCGCCCGUCGCGCGUACCUGGUGCACCAUGCCGCGCGUCAUGCGCGGCGUCGCCGCCAUCGCGUGCCUCGCCGCGCUGCACCAGUCCACGCGCUUCUUCGACCGCGAGUACGUGGCCGUGGACAUCGAGUGGCCGUCGCCGGGCAGCCACGCCGCCGUCUGCCACGUGCAGCACGCGCGCUGGGUGGAGCGCUGGGUCGGCGUCGACCUCUACUUCACCUUCUACUUCUCGUUCCGCGUGGUGUUCGUGCACACGGUGCCCUGCGUGUCGCUGGUCGUGCUCAACGUGCUGCUGUUCCGCGCCAUGCGCGUGGCGCAGCUGCGGCGCGAGAAGCUGCUCAAGGAGAACCGCAGCAGCGAGUGCAAGAAGCUGCGCGACGCCAACUGCACCACGCUCAUGCUCAUCGUGGUGGUGUCGGUGUUCCUGCUCGUCGAGAUCCCACUCGCCGUCGUCACCAUGCUGCACAUCAUCUCGAGCAGCGUCACCGAGAUACUCGACUACUCGGUGGCCAACGUGCUGGUGCUCUUCACCAACUUCUUCAUCAUCGUCAGCUACCCCAUCAACUUCGCCAUCUACUGCGGCAUGUCGCGCCAGUUCCGCGAGACCUUCAAGGAGCUGUUCGUGCGCGGCGCCGUGGCGGGCAGGCGCAACGGCGGCAGCUCGCGGUACUCGCUCGUCAACGGGCCGCGCACCUGCACCAACGAGACGGUUCUGUAGGCGGCCCUGCCUCCCCCUGGUCUGUCAGUGAACUGCUCGUGAGCCACCGACUCUCGCAGGAUAACGUCCAAACAGUCGCAACCCUGUGAAUGUUCACGGUCUCGUUUUAAAACUGCAAUUAUAAAACAAAUAGCUAUGAAACGCGCUGGUAAAAUAAAACUCAAACUUAACAUUUCCCCUUUGGGAGAUUGAGAUACACAUGCUCGAAGUAAAUACGCGCUAUUUUUUUUUUUCGACGAACGCGGUUCUGAUACACUUCCAUGUGAAGGCAAUCAAAAUUCGGCGACAUGAAAUGAGAAUUUUACGCGUGAAAUGUGUGUUAGAUGUUAGUGACUCUAAAAAAAAAAAAAGAUAUGUGAUCGAAAAUAUUUUUAUUUUUAAGUGACUGCAGAGGUUUUUUUUUAUCUGCUUACUGUAUCGAGAAGUAAAGUAUUCAAGUAACAAUGAAUGAUACUGAUUGUAUACUUUCGAAAUGCAACGUGUGUGUCGGAUAUUAUGUUAUUAAUAUAGACUACAUAAAUGUGUAAAUAUGUAACUGUACAUUAAACAAAAAUAUGGAGAGAAAAUUAUUUUUACGUAUAUUUAGAGUUAAUGUUUAAAUCUGGUUGUACGUGGCUGUCAGCUAUCGCUGGUACAGACGGGUCAGUCAGUCAAGAUUAUUUGUGAUCUGCAGUGUUAAACUGUUGAGAGUUAGUUUUAAACAGUGUAUGAGGACGUGUUUUGUUGAGUGUAUGUCCACUGUUUCUAAACAGUUUUUAAACAUCUUGUUUGACACCGAGCUCUAUCAGUCCAAUCCAAAUUAUUGUAUUCUGUUUUGUUUAUGUAAAAUGUCUAAAUUUUAUGCAAAUUCAUUUCUUUUAAAAUGAGUUCAUCUUAGCUAAAUGUACGCUAGGAAACAUAACUCUGAUACAAAACCAUAAUUCACGUAUGUAGUAAACUGUAUAAAAUUUAUUUGUAAAAAACGUAGAAAAACUCAGAAUAUUGCAUGGUAAAAACAUUUUGCAAGAAUAGUUCUAAACUCGUAUUCUUUGUUUCUUGCUUUUCAAAAUUAAAUUUAUUAAUAUUGUUUCCAUAAUUUAUACGUAUUUUAAAUCCCACAAAUUUUCGUUACAUUAUUUUGCAGGUAACAGUACAAUUUUUUUUGUUUGAAGUUUUUUCUUCAAAACCUUCUCACACUGAAUAAUCUAUUUUUAAAAUUUUCUUUUCUUCAGAACUUCACUGAUUUGCUUAUUAAAAUUAUAUGUAUAUUUAUAUUUAUUUGCAUCAUUUAAAGUGAAUAUUUUAGUCCGAAAAAUUACUUCAGAGUCUGGUUGGAAAACGUUUCAUAUUUGUGUGCACAACAUUUUUUCACUGUAUCGUACAAAAUAGAAAUCUCAUGCUCUUUCAGUAAAAAUGUUUUCAGUAACUGAAAUAUGAUUCCACAUUUUUUAUUCCAGAUUUAAUUGUCUCUCACCGAUAAAAUAUCAUAGAAUGAGAAAAAAUAAAAGCUAAAUUCAAAAAUUGUUAUUAAAUCUAUAGGUACGAGUAAUAACGCUUCGAAGCCACAUACAUGUAUCUAGAGUAGCAACAAACAUAGACAUUCAUAAAAAUAUAAUUCCUGGAA